AGAGCCUCAGCUGACCAGCGAACGACCACCAUUUCAACGUCGCAACACAGGGCGACGACAAUUACACCUUUGCUUCAGCACGCGCGUCUUCUUUAACAGCAAAGGGAUAGUGUAUAACUCAUCAAAGCAUACACUUGCAACUGGAAAGAAAGCGAUCGGGCAAGGAAACGCGACUUUGUGACGGGCGAAUCGACUGCCACUGCCCGUACUCGGUACUUUCGCGACUCUUGGUCAAUAGAGACGCAGGCUAGCUACACGAGGUGCGGAAUCCCGGCCAAGGAAAACCAAGAAGCUGCACUGGCCGGGUCGCACGUGGAAAUACAUCUAGAGAAGAGAACAUUAGGGCGAAGAGAAUCGAUUCAAGGGUAAAAGAUAAAAGAGGAAGUGCAAUCCCACCCAACAUGUCCGACCAGGCCCACGCACCGACCUCACGACCUAAGCCGCCGCCAGCAGGCGAAGAGGAGGCUUCCGCGACGCUGAAAUUGGGCGAGUUCCAGGACGUGGACACGCUGACGCUGUCCGAGGCGUCGCUCGUCAUCAACGCGCUCAUGGUGAAGCGCCGCAAGGAUCGCAAAGACCGCAACGAGACUGACGUUCUCAACAAAACGCUCGACUACCUCGAUGCAUUUGCCCGUUUCAAGCAGAAGGAAAAUGUCGAGGCCGUCGAGCGCCUCUUGAGCGCCCACAAGGAGCUGACCAAGUUUGAACGCGCCCAGAUCGGUGAGUACUGACUGCCAAAGGCUCGCGCGCGGGUACCCAAUGGGAGGGGGAGACGGCAGUUUGCGCGUCUCGGUGCCCGGUCCCUUUUUAUUUCAUUUUAUUUCAUUUUUCAUUUUUAUUAAAAAAAAAAAAAAAAAAAAGCAAAGAAAAAGCAAGCGCUUUGGCUUGGUUUGGUUUCUUUUGGCUGACAAUAAUCUUUUCUUGCCCUGCCAACCCAGGCUCGCUCUGUUGCGACAGCGC